AUGGAUCUUCUUUUAAUCUGUUCUACGAGUGCAUUCAUAAUUCUGAGCACCUUGCUUAAGAGCACUUACUCACAACUGGCCGGCACAAACUGUGAUGGAAAACCAUUCUACUGUCCUGAUCCUGAACACUUCCAAAUUUGCAUUGACCUUCCUGGGGGCAGAUCGGAAACCUCCGAGGCACUAGCUUAUCCAUGUCCACCGAAUUCAUAUUGUGACAACUUCGGACUAAUUGAAUGUGAUUCGUCAUCACCACCUUCAACGACGACCCCUGAACCAACGCAGACCUCAACCACCGAUGUUUCAUACACUACCACCUCGUCAACCACCUCCUCUCCGUCAACGUCAAAACCAUCCACCUUCACCUGUAUCGAAAAUGGUCGUUUCCCGGAUGAAAGCAACUGUCACGCUUACUACACCUGUCUUCAACUGCCAUCCGGUAUAACCAAGAUGCACAGCGUAUGCCUGUUCGGAAUGGCUUUUGAACCGGCUUCGCAACGAUGUUCCACCGAUCAAACACCUUGUCAGGUGGGAUUCAGCUGCACUAAAUCUGGUCGGUUCCCGGAUCCUGCGGAUCGGACUAGCUACUAUUGGUGUCUUUGGAACGGCUUUGGCUACGAAAUGUAUCACUUAGAGUGUGGUUCCGGCCAGUUAUUCGACGUUAGCGGGGGUUUGUGCUCUGAGGUAACGAUAUUUCACACUGUUCACCCUCAAAGUGUUGGCACAGACUGCAAUGGAAAAACCUUCAUCUGCUUAGACGAUGUUCGUUAUCAAACCUGUUCCGAAACCUCCACUACUGGUCAGACUCAGACAACGGACUUACAGGUCUUCGAGUGUGAUUCUACUCAAUACUGCAGCAAUGAAUAUCAGAGUGCAUGUAGUUCCUUGGCUACGACCUCUUCAACCACCUCAACAACAUCAACGACUACAGUCGAAGAGACUACAACACCACUAACUACUACAACACAGGAGAGUUCUACAACGUCUACAAGUACCACAACGGAGUCAACAACUACCUCUAGUUCAACAACGUCUUCAACAACUACAACCACAGUGAGUUCCUUCUACUGCUACCAAACGGGAAAGUUUCCGCAUCCAUCCGACUGUCACAAGUACUACCUUUGCGUGGUGCUUCCGUUCGGAAACUACGAAACGGCUGAAACUUGCCUGCUAGGGUGGGUAUUCGAUCCCGUUGGUCGGAGAUGCACCACGGAUCAAACGAAGUGUGAUCUACAACCUCAACCGUUCACCUGUACAUCGUCCGGUCGUUUUCCGGAUCCCUCCGAUACGACAAGAUACUUUUGGUGCCGCUGGAAUGCGGCCAGUGCUAGCUACAAGUUGAUCAAGGGGACCUGUGCGUUUGGGUUUACCUUUGAUGCUAACCGUGGAAGAUGUUCCGGAUUGUUGGGAUUGCUCGGAUUUAAUUGAGAAUACUGUUCUGACAUACUUUG